GCUCCGCCGGGACUCGAGACGCGCGCUCCCCGCCCCGGCCGCCCGAAAACUCCGGCCCAGCCCGCUCCCGCCUCGCUCCCGCCUCGCGCCCGCUCGCGCGCUCACACCCACACGCGCGCGCUGACACUCACACACUCGCGCACUCGCACCCCCACGCGCUCCCGCUCGGCCUCACACUCCCACGCGCUCACACUCCCACUCCUGCCCGCUUCCCUGCUGCCGCGCAGGCACCUCGCGCGAGAGCGCCGAGGGGACCCACGGCCUUUCCCAUGGCUGACCUGAGCUUCAUCGAAGAUUCCGUCGCCUUCCCGGAGAAGGAAGAGGAUGAAGAGGAAGAGGAGGAGGGGGUGGAGUGGGGCUACGAAGAAGGUGUUGAGUGGGGCUUAGUGUUUCCUGAUGCUAAUGGGGAAUACCAGUCUCCCAUUAACUUAAACUCAAGAGAAGCUAGAUAUGACCCCUCACUGCUGGAUGUCCGCCUCUCCCCAAAUUAUGUGGUCUGCCGAGACUGCGAAGUCACCAACGAUGGACAUACCAUUCAGGUUAUCCUGAAGUCAAAAUCAGGUAUAUUAGAAGAUGCUUUUGCAUGCCUUUGUAAAUUAGAAGUUCUUAUGGAGCUAUUGAAUUGA